AUGAAUCAAGGAGCGUCUCGAGAAUGCAGGAUUAUUUGUAGUACAGGGGCGGUAUUUGACAAUAAUGAUUUGAAGACAGUCUGGGAGCUAGAGGAUAGCAUAUGGGCUCAAACAACGCAUGGAGUUUCGUAUACUUUCCCUGAAUUAGGACAAUCCAUUUACAAGGACGAUGAGAAGGAAUUACAGAAAACGAUUAUAUGCCAGGAUCUUAUUUGGUCCAAGGAUGGGACGUCUUUAGUUACAAUUCAUAAUGAUUAUGGGAUACGACAAUACUUAAUACCUGAAGAGGAAGAAACAGAAGCAUGGGAAAACGAUGAUGUUAAACAAUUAAUUCCAUUCACGCGAUUUUUCAAGAAUCAAUCCAUGGUGUCAAGCAAAGUCCAUCCUUAUUAUUCCCUAUAUAAUGAUGAUCCUAAACACAAUACGGUGCUAUUAGCGAGUCGAGAUGUUCCAUUACAAUUAUAUUCUGUUGAUAAUUCCCAUCAAGGUCCCAUUUGCAAUUAUGAAACGAUGGAUUCCAAUACAGAGCGAUAUGAGACCGCAUAUUCGAUUGAUUAUAUGACCGAGAAAGAAUUCUUGGUCGGAUUUAUGAAGAAUAGAAUUAAUCUAUACAAUGUCAACCGAAGGAAUCCAGUUUGGAGUAUUCAGCCGGCAACAUCGAAGAGUAAAAUAAGCGCAAAGGCGAUAGUUUCAUGUUUUGACGAGGUGAAUUUCAAUGGGGAUGGGUACUAUUCGCGAUGUAGGCUUGCAGGGACAUACAAGAAUGAAAUAUACAGAAUUGAUACUAGAGUGUCACCAUCACAAGACCUUGUCUAUCAAGGUGAUCAGACUCACAAUAGUGGACUGAUCCAAAUACUAAACUCUCUUAAUGGCAAUUACGUGUACUUGAUCAAGAGGAAUAGCAUUACUAUUGACGUAUUGGACCGACGACUUAACUUCCAAAGGGUGAACCAGCUACCCUUACCGUUUAAUAUGGGCAACCAUAAAUUCAAGGCAUCACUAUCUUCUCAAUUGGGAUUGAUUAUGGGAACAAACGCUGGUUACCUAAUCCAGUGGGAUAAUGACACUGUCGAGUUUGGUGGGGUGCCCAGACAAGCCCGCACGAGCAUAACAGCAGAAACUGGAUGCCGCAUAUCGUUUCCUCAGAGGGACACGCACAGAGUGGCAGCCUCACCGGAUGGCAUGUCUGUUGCCGUGGCACACGAGAACGGUCUGAGUAUCGCCCGAUUAGGAUAG